AUGUUAUUGUUUUUUUAUUUUAUUAUAGAUUAUAUUUACAUUAUACAUUCAUUCUUUAAACGUUAUUUAGUACCUUUUGAACUAUUAAAAAGGAAUAUUUCGGGAAGCCAUCCCAAAAGCUAUCUCAAUUUUUUAAUCAAAAGCACCAAUCAUUAUGUUAUAAAGCAAUUUAAACAAAGAAAUAUUAACAUGUUCACUUCUGUAAUAAUUAAAACUGAUAAAUCAACAUCUAAAAGAUAUACAAUGAUGAAUCUUUUAAUAAUAAUGAUAUUUGUUAAAUCAACUUUUUCUGUAUGUCCUUCGGGAACACUUGAAAAGACCAAACUUGUUUUUUCUGAUGUUUGUUUAGUUAAUGAAGUAUUAAUAGCUGUGCAGAGUAAAUUAACAAUUAUUGGUUCCGCUUCAUUAAAAAUGACAUCAAAUUUUGCUGUAAUUUCCAGUUUUAUCGUGUUUAAAGACAAUUCUUACUUUUUGUCGAUAAUCACGUUUGAGAUAUCAGUUUCAUCAAAUGUUGUGUUCAAAAGAAAUACAAUAAGCGAAUUUAGAGGAUAUAUAGCAGUUGAACUAAACUCUAAUUAUCUAAUAAUGGACAACGCAAAAACCAAAUUUGAUUGUUCUGUGAAAAUUACAAAUAAAAGUUCAAUGAAAAUGACAAAUAAUUCUUUUUCAUUCAUAUCAAAAAAUAUGACCGUAUCGGAUGGAGUAUUUAGUAUGAGCGAGAAUGCAACUCUUGAAUCCAGUGCAAUAAUCUCUAUAACGAAUAAUGGAAAAAUAGUGAUUAAAAGUGAUGUAGUUAGAAACAAUUUAAAAACAAAAAAUAUCCUCUGUGAAGAAGGGAUAAUUGAAAUGGAUAAAAUGAGUAUAAUAACUUCAUCUAAUAUAACAAUUAAGUCAAAGUGUAUUGUAAUUCCAUUGGAUCGGUCAAUUGUGGAUCUACCUGUUUUCUUUACAAAUUACUUUCAAAUGACAACAAAUGUUGUUUCUUGUAACUUAGACUGUGACAUAGCAUACAGUCCAAUUGGGAUCAAAUAUGAUUCUAUUCCAAAUGGUUUAAAACUGUUACAAAAUGGCAGAUUAUUAAGGUAUGGUGAAUCGAAUUUAAUAUUCUGUCAUUUGAACGAAAGUAAAAAUAAUGGAAACAAUAAUUAUUAUGAAAAUUACUGCCCUUGCGAAGAUAAUAACUGUUAUAUUACUCCUAUUGGAACUAUAAAAACACUGAACAUACUUAUAAAUACUGAUAAUUUCACACAAGAAGAAACCAUGAAAAUAAAACACAAAGGAAAAAAAUCUUAUGAAGAAAACACUUUGAUAAUUGGAAAUACAAAGAUUUCAUUAGUUCAAGUUAAUAGUUUGGUAUUGAACGUGAUAUCCAAAAAAGAUUUUGAAAUUUCAAUUACUUCUUCGACUAAAUCGGUAUUAAUUGCCUCCAAUGUUUUUAUACAAAUGGGUGAAAUCAAGUGUAAGAUGGGGACUUUUAAAAAUAAUGUUUUUUCUUGUAUAUUUCAAAAUGAUUGUACAAUUGGUGGAGUAAGUGUUAAUAAACAAUGUGCAAAUUGUUAUGAUAAAUAUUGUGAAGUUUGUGAAAGCUCAAAAGAUGGGUCUGUUUGCAAAAAGUGUAUCAAAAAAUAUAUUAACGAAAAUGGAAAAUGUGUUGAAGAUUCGAAUUGCCAAUUAAAAGGUAACAAUUUUUGUGUAAAAUGUAAAAAUGGUUAUGUUAUGAACACUAAUAAUAUAUGUGAAAAACCAAUUGAUUUUUGUAUUAAAAAGAGCAGAAAUUUAGAAGUGUGUGAAAUAUGUGAGUAUGGAAAUAUACUAAAAAAAGGAAAGUGCUUUAAGAAAAAUGAAAGUGAAGCAAUAGUUAGUACAAAAAGUGUCAUUUCAUGCAACUUUGGUUAUUAUAAUGAGGAUGGAGAAUGUAAAUCAUGUUAUUUAAAAUAUCAAAAGAGUGUAAUUUGCACCAAAAAACACAUAGAAAAAUGUGUAAUAGAAAAUUACAUCGAAAACAAUAAUUGUAAACAAAAGAAAUGCAAUAAAAAUGAAAUUGAAGAAGAGAAUGGAAAGUGCUCUCAAAUAAUUGACAAAUGUAUCACAAUUGAAAAUGGAAUGUGUAUUGAAUGUGAACAAAAAUAUAUUGUUGAUAUUGUUAACAAUAAAUGUAUAACCACACAAUCAAAUUGCUCGAUCAGUGGAUCACUUGGGUGUUAUCGAUGUAUUGACGGGAAAUUUUUGAAUGCCGAGAGUGGUAUUUGUGAUGACUGUGGAGGAAAUUGCUCGAGUUGUUUUGGAGAGAGUACAAAGUGCACUGCAUGUAAAGAUGGGUACUUUUUGAGCAACAACGCGUGUGUGACAAAUGAAGAACUGCUUGAAGUGUGCAACAAGAUUUCAGCAAUCACACGUGGGUGUGUAGAAUGCAGAGAUGGGUAUUACAGAAAUGGGACAGAUUGCAACAAGUGUGAUGUGAAGUGUGCGACAUGUAACACAAAAGAGAUAUGCCUGACAUGCAACUCAACCAACUUUUUGACGUCUGACAAUGAGUGUGAGUCGCGAAGCAAUAUUGUUGGGUGUGGUGUUGAAGUGACUAAAAAUGGGUGUGCAAAGUGUGUUGAUGGUUAUUUCACAUUCAAAACAAAUCAGUGCAAGAAGUGUGUUGGGUGUGCGAGUUGUGUUUCUGAGACUGUUUGCACGUCAUGUGAUGACAGUCAAAUACUUCAUGAAACUUCCUGUGUUGACGUGGUAAUGGUGAAGAAUUGUGUUGAAGUGAAAAAGUCGAAAUGCACAAAGUGUACAUUCUGGCAUGAGGCAUCAGAAAGUGGUGAAUAUUGCUACUUAAAGGCGGUGUGGUGGGUUUUCUUUAUUUCAUCACUUAUUUUUGUCAUCAUACUAGUUGUUGCAUUGGUCAUCAUC